UGCAAGAGAGGGGAAUUUAUAAUGUCUUCAGAACAUGGAGCUACCAAACGGCAUCAUAACCCAGUGAAUAGUAUAUGCAGAAAGAUCAAAUCUAUCCAAAUGAUGGACCAAGUCUCUAACUCUGCUUUUCAGAUACCAAAAUUUCAGUCCCGCAACUUUGACCACCCACAGUGCAACACCAAAAAAGAUCUAGAAGAAAUACUGAAGAAAAGAAUUUUUAGAAGUAACAAUAGUACUACUACGUCCUUAAUCAGUCUCAGCAGUGACAAUGUUUUCUCUGCAGACUUGCCAUUGUCGCCUUGCCUUGGGCGCCUCUCUGACGUCUCUUCUGCGAAUGAUACCUAUUCAGUCAUUAAAAGCGAAGAGAGAUCCGGCAACUUGUCGAUGCAUGUAUGCCCCACAGAGAACUGUUCUUCAUCUUACCUCAUAUGCAGAGAGGCCAACAACCAGAAGAAACUGCAUGCUUUAUCAAAUAUAGAAUCUAAAGAUUUGCCUCAUGAACAGAAGUACCUUACAUCAACUCCAAAUUUAUGUUUCUUUACAUCUGAUAAAAAGUCAGAAAGUGCUGUGAUCCAAUCUCCUGUGUCAAAGAGAUUAUCUUUUGGAUGGAAGCAGUUCCUGCGUUACAAAGCUGACAGCAUGGCGAAUGUGAGCUGGAUCUGUGAACAAGACCUACUGACCAGUAUCUUCUGUGCAUGUGAUACAGACCAUACAGGAAAAGUAGCAGUUUCCAAGAUAGCUGAUUGCCUGAGACAAACAAUUAGUUGGGAAUCAGAAGACAGUGGUCUUGAAGAACUAUGCAACAUGCUUGACCCAGAGCAGAAAGAUGUCUCCGUGGAUCUGGAAACUUAUCAUGCCAUUAUGAAGGAGUGGAUCGAAGACUAUAAAAAAAAAUGGGAGGAACCGGCAGCAAGCAUGGAAGGUCUAGAACUGAAAGUGCCUCAAAACACGCCUGAAGAGAAAGAGACACAUGUCUGGAUGAAUAUUACGUCAGGAAGCUUAGAAGCCUUUGGGGGUGACGUGUCUAAAGGAGACAUGGAGACUUCUGACUUGAUAACCUGUAUUGCGGACCUGCAGUACAACAAUCAGAAGCUUCAGGAGGAGAACAACAAGCUGAAGCUCACCCUGGAAGCUGUGGAUGAGACCAACACCAAGACACUGGCAGAUAACGAGCAUCUGCUUCAACAAAUAAAAAGCAUCCAGCAUUCUGUGCUGAAAGCCAAAUCACUGGAAGAAGAACUAGAAGAAGCAAAAAGCAACCUGAACCUGUCGGAAGAGAAGAGACAGCAGAUUCUCUGCCAAAAUAAACAGCUAGAAAAAGAAAAUCGGUCUCUCAUCGUCAAAAUUGCUUCUCUCCAGGAAGAGGAUAUUAGGAGUAGCAUGGACACCGAUGGACUUGAAAAGAAGAUUUUGGAGCUGUCUGAAAACGUAGCAGAACUUCAAAUGCAGGCACAUAUCUAUGAGAACACCAUGGUAAAGAAAGAGGCAAGUUUGAUCCAGAAGGAGCAGGACAUCAAAGAAUUGAAGUUAACCAUUGCAGAAUAUUCCUCAAUAAUAGAGACUCUGCGGGCAGAAAAAAAUAAGCUACUGGAGAACAUGCACUACAUGCAGCAAGAGCUGAUCUCAAAUGAGUUGAGUUUCCCAUUGCUGUGUAAAUUUACCAGUAAUGUCCCUGAAGGCAUGAAUUCGCUGCACUGUGAACUGGAACUUGCUCAGUCUUCUGAGAUAACCAAGACCGAGUGGACAUCCCUGGAUGAAACAUUGGACCGUGAAGUGCUGAUUUUACUUCAGGGACCUGAGCAUGUGGGAGAAAAAUUUAAGGCUGUCAUGCAAAACCUGCAAGAGGAAGUCUCUGAAGCAAAGGAGCUUGUCAUUACUUAUUUACAAUGGGUAAAAGAUACGGAUGGGAACAUGCAAAAGGCUUGGGAAAGAAAACUUAUGGCUCUCAAGCAAGAACUUGGAGAAAAGAUACACCUUUGGACCCAGAAACUUCAUCUCCUGGAAAAAUAUAAGGAAUCCCUAGAUAAGGAUUUUAUUCAAAUGGCAAGCAACCUGAGGACAGCCAAGACACAGAAACUUCACCUAAGGAAAGAGCUCUCUGCCAGGCAAGAUGAGAUAGAAACUGUCAAACAGUUACAAGAAGAAACUGCUGGCCAGGUGGAAGCCCUUGGUUUAGAGCUACAAAAAGCUACAAAGCGGCUUGAGGAUGCCAACAAACAGGCAGAAGAUCAAGUGGAAGCCUUUCGCUCUGCUUGUGAGGAAGCUGCAUUCUUGAAAUGCAAGUUAGAGGAAGCCAUUUCUGAGCAGCAGAAGCUCAAGGAUGUGAAUACAGAUUUAACAAGAGCUUGCCAGUUGCUUGAAGAAAAAGUAGAAGACCAGAAAACAACUGCUAAUACACUGAGAUGGGAACUGCUUCAAAGGCGACUCUGUGAAUUGCUGUGUCAGUGCUGUGCAGAGUUAGAAUCUGACCACAGUCUGCUGCCCACAUCAGCUGAGCCGUUAAAAGGGAAGCGCUUUCUAUUUCUCAAUUGGCAGCUCUGUUGCUCUAAACGACUGUGGAGUGAAGGACUCUUCUUGCACACCGAGCUUCCCAGGACACUGCCCUCGGAUAUUUCACACUGGCAUGGUACACGUCUGCUAGAUGCUCUGACCUUGGAAACUUCAUGCCCAAAUAACUCUUCUGUGCACAGCUGGGACCGAGCUUGUAGCCAGAGCUCUGACAGCUGUCAUCUGGGACAUGUGUCCAUUUCAAAUGUGACAUCAGUGGAGUGCAAGUGGAAACUACGCACUGCUGGCAACUAUACUGAUGCAGACCUUCCUGUUUCCAUUACAAUGAUGGACUCUUCACUUACUGAGAUCGACUGUGCAGAGACAACACUAACAGGCAGUCUCAUCCCAUCCAGUGAUCGUUCAAAGCCACACCAAGAAGUUCUCACAUCCUCCUUGGAAAGCGCUGCUCCAGCAUCUGGCUGCCUUGUUAUGGAGGAAAAAUCACUCAAACUCUCACGUGAAAAAGAGGAAGAUGUGCCGACUUCCGUAGCAAUGGAGAAAAAUGACGAUAAGGAUCUGCCUGGUCCCAUAUCAGGAGCAGAUUUAACCAAGAAGGAAUUCUGCCCUGUGAUGGAGGAACACAAAACCACGUUUCAAAAUGUCUUGAAGCAAGACUCGAGUGUGGACCUGGAAAAGAAACAUCAUAAAGAGCAGAGUGAGGAAGCAUCAGCUGUAGUUCCCAGUAGGAAAGGGAGUUCACCCACCGUAGGUGGCAUUAAGGUGGAUAAAACAAAGCAAAGUGAGCCUGACUCUCCCAAUGAGAAAGAAGUGGAGGCUGAAUUCCUGAGAUUAUCUUUAGGUUUUAAAUGUGACUUGUUUACUUUGGACAAGAGAGUGAGGCUUGAAGAAAGAUCCCGAGACUUGGCUGAGGAAAACUUGAAAAAGGAGAUCACAAAUGCUCUAAAGAUGCUGGAGGCUUUAGUUCCUUUGUGUGAAGAAGAUAACCAAGCACAGGAGAUCAUUAAGAAGCUGCAGAAAAGCUUGCAGUUCCUUAGCCAGUACGCAGCCCGAGUCGCCAGUAGAGCAGAGAUGUUGGGAGCUAUUAAUCAGGAGAGCCGUGUCAGCAAGGCUGUGGAAGUGAUGAUUCAACAUGUGGAAAACCUGAAGCGCAUGUAUGCUAAAGAACAUGCAGAACUUGAAGAGCUGAAGCAGGUUCUGAUCCAGAAUGAGAGGUCCUUCAGUACCCUUGGAGAUCGAGAUGAAUCUGCAAACAAGAAGCUACCAAAUUCUUCUAAGGUAGUGCCAUCAUCAUCCCUACGAAGAGUUAGCAUUGCCACACUGCCUAGGAGUGCUGGAAAUGCAGGUAUUGGGUUGCCACUGGCCCAACUCCAGGAACCUGAUGGAGAUGAAAGGAGUGAAAAAUUCAACAGGAGAUCAAGCAGUUGGGGGCAACUAGGAGCAAAGCAAAAUGAGAAGCGUCCUUCACUACAGCGGUUCAUCAGCACCUAUUCCUGGGCAGAGUAUGAAGAUCAACAUGCUGAAGCAAAAAAUGAGCAGUCAGAAUUGCCCGCUGAGGUACAGGGAGCACCAUCCAGGAAAGAAAGUAUCGCUGAAAAAGGAAAACAUUCAUCAAAAUGGAGCCUAGAAUCAGUGUGCAAUUUAAUAUCAUCGUGGGCAUCCCAUUUCAAGGCUUCCUUUUCCAAUGCUAACAAAACUCUGUGGGUUUCUGUUUCUAUCCUGGUGCUGCUUGCUGCUCUCACAAGCUUCCUCACUGGGCUCUCUCUUCAACGGCCAGCAGACGCAGCACCUGUAGGAACUGGGGACGCGUGGACUUCACUACAGCAACUGUUGUGGCCAUAUACAGGACUUCAACACCAUGGGCCACCCCCAGUAUAACAAAGGCUCUGACUUCUGUAGUUCCACUUCCAAGUUCUGGAUGACAACGUGAGAAACUGAGAAUAGCGUAUUUAAGGUUACAUGUUUGGGGUGGUUUUGUUGAGUUGAAGGUGUGUUUUUUGGUGGGGAGAUGACUUUUUUCUUUCUAAAGCAUGACUUGAAUAUUUGUUUUCUCUCCCCAUUCUGACAAAAGUAAUCCUUACAAGUACCUAAAAAGGUCUCAGUUUUGUUAAGGUGUACAGUAAAACAGCAGUUUUUGAACAUAGCUAACAAUAAAUACGACUGUGGUCUAGCCACAAGAGAAUAAAGAAUUUAUUUUGCUUUAACAAAAAUGAAAUGUUUGCAUUUUAGUCAUUGAAGCUGUUCCAAUGAUUUGAACAGAAAAGAAUUCAAGACUUGAACUGUAACUUUAUUGAAAGCUUUUGAUAAUAAAGGUCUCAAGGCAAGCA